AUGUCCAUCAAUGGCUACAGGCCAGGGACACAGGAAACAGAGAUGGGUUUUUUCUCUUCCAGUCUGGCUUUCCUUGUCCUUGUGACCCUGAACCAGGUUCAAGCAGAAGUUGCUGAUACGCCUACAUGUGACGAAGGCUGGGAGUACAUAAGUGGUUACUGCUAUUCUUUCUUUAUCAAACCAGUGUCAUGGCCUGAGGCAGAGCUUCAGUGCCAAGAUUACAGUAAAAAUGGCCACCUUGUCUCACUGCAUGACGAAAAAGAACAGGCGGCAGUGAUUGGAUUACUUUGGGAUCUGCAAUACUUCGGUCCGUUCUGGGUUGGGCUGUUUACUGAUAGCAAGGUGCUGUGGCUGUGGACAGAUGAAUCAAAAUAUGAUUAUGCAGAGUGGGCACCGGGGGAACCCGACUGCAAAGGGAGCCACAAGUUCUUCUGCGUCCAACUUUCUCCUAUCGAUGAGGUUGACAUGGAUGUCCAGAGCGAUGGGAAGGCCCGGACAGUGAGCGGCUGCCCGCUCAAGUCCUGGAGCUGUGGACCGUGA